AAGAGCAACCUGGAGAAGAUUGAAGAUGAUUUGGCUAAAGCACGAGCUGCCAUUCUCAGAGCAGUUCAAUUGCAGAAUUUUACAUCAGAGAAAGAAGAGAUCUUUGUUCCAAAAGGAUCCAUUUACAGAAACGCAUAUGCCUUUUACCAGAGCCAUGCAGAGAUGGUGAAAAGGUUCAAGGUAUGGACAUACAGGGAAGGAGACCCACCAUUAUUCCACAGUGGUCCACUGAACAAUAUAUAUGCCAUUGAAGGACAGUUCAUUGAUGAAAUGGAUAGCAAUAAAAGCCCUUUCAGGGCUCGCCAUCCGGACGAAGCUCACGUAUUCUUCCUGCCAUUGAGUGUAACCGGAGUGGUUCACUAUGUUUAUCGGCCUAUAACCUCGGUUAAAGACUACUCACGCGAUCGACUGCAACGAUUAGUGACGGAUUAUAUCGAUACCGUGUCUACUAAGUACCCUUACUGGAACAGAAGCAACGGUGCUGAUCAUUUCAUGGUCUCGUGCCACGAUUGGGCACCGGAAGUUUCAAAUGCGAAUCCCGAACUGUUCAAGCACUUCAUAAGAGUCGUCUGCAAUGCAAACACUUCAGAGGGAUUCCGGCCUAAAAUCGACGUCUCGUUACCUGAAAUUUACCUACCCUUUGGAAAGCUCGGUCCACCGAACCUCAGCCGGGGUCCGGACCACCGAACUGUACUAGCUUUCUUUGCUGGUUCACCUCAUGGAUAUAUCAGGGAAAUCUUAUUGAACCAUUGGAAAGAAAAAGACAGUGAAGUCCAAGUCUAUGCUCGGCUUCCCAAGAACCUCAAUUACACCAAAAUGAUGGGGCAGAGCAAGUUCUGCUUGUGUCCGAGCGGGUUUGAGGUGGCUAGUCCGAGAGAAGUCGAGGCCAUUUACGCCGGGUGUGUCCCGGUGGUGAUCUCGGACAACUAUACAUUACCCUUUAGUGAUGUGUUGAAUUGGAGCCAAUUCUCGGUUCAAAUACCAGUGGGGGAAAUACCUGAAAUCAAGAGAAUUUUGCAAGGGAUACCGGAGAGCAAGUACUUGAAGAUGUAUAAGAGGGUGAAGAGAGUCCGGCGACAUUUCAAAUUGAACAGGCCGGCGAAGCCAUUCGAUGUGAUUCACAUGGUACUUCAUUCGGUGUGGCUAAGGAGGCUGAAUUUUAGGUUGCCAUCUUGAU